AGAUGAUAUGAUGCUCAGAGGGACACCUUCAUCACAGUUGUUCCUCAGCUAGAGACACCUGCACAAUUGUUCCUGUUGCUCCAGAUGGCCAGCCAGCUGCCCGAGGACCCUGCCGAGGCUCAGGUCUCCGACGAGCUCGAGUGCAAGAUUUGUUACAACCGGUACAACCUGAAGCAGAGGAAACCCAAAGUGCUAGAGUGUUGUCACAGGGUCUGUGCCAAAUGCCUCUACAAGAUCAUAGACUUCGGGGACUCCCCGCAGGGUGUCAUUGUCUGCCCUUUCUGCAGGUUUGAGACAUGCCUGCCAGACGAUGAAGUUAGUAGCUUGCCCGAUGACAACAACAUCCUGGUAAACUUGACUUGUGGAGGCAAAGUGAAGAAGUGCCUGCCGGAGAACCCCACAGAGUUGCUGCUGACCCCCAAGAGGCUGGCGUCCCUCGUGAGCCCUUCCCACACAUCUUCCAACUGCCUGGUCAUAACCAUCAUGGAGGUGCAGCGAGAGAAUUCCACGUCUCUGAGCUCCACUCCUGUGGUGGAGUUUUAUAGGCCUGCAAGUUUCGACUCCGUCACCACCGUGCCCCACAGCUGGACUGUGUGGAACUGCACGUCCCUGCUGUUUCAGACCUCCAUCCGGGUGUUGGUGUGGCUGCUGGGCUUGCUGUACUUCAGCUCCCUGCCCUUGGGGAUCUACUUACUAGUGUCUAAGAAGGUCACCCUCGGGGUUGUCUUUGUCAGCCUCGUCCCUUCGAGCCUUGUCAUCCUCAUGGUGUAUGGUUUUUGCCAGUGUGUUUGUCAUGAAUUUCUGGACUGUAUGGCACUUCCUUCUUAA